AUGUCGAGGUUUUUCAAAUCAGCAUUGGGUAAAGCAUCCUUGGCUUUUGGUGCUGCCGCUGGAGGUACAAUCAUUUACUUGGAUUUCAUUCAACCCAAAAAACCAGCUCAAAUCGCCACAUCUUACAAACCUUUGAAAAAGGAUUAUCCAGAACCACCUACACGUGAAGAACUCGUGUCAAGAUUAACUCCAGAAAAGAAGUUUGAUGUCUUGAUUAUUGGUGGUGGUGCUGUUGGUUCUGGAUGUGCCGUUGAUGCUGCUACUCGUGGUUUAAACGUGUGUUUAUUGGAAAAGACCGAUUUUGGUUCCGGUACUUCUUCCAAGUCUACCAAGAUGGCUCAUGGUGGUGUGAGGUAUUUGGAAAAGGCCAUUUUCCAAUUAUCCAAAGCCCAGUUGGAUUUGGUUAUUGAAGCUUUGAAUGAAAGAGGUAAUAUGUUGAGAACUGCUCCUCACUUGUGCUCAGUUUUGCCAAUUAUGAUUCCUGUGUACAACUAUUGGCAAGUUCCUUACUUUUUCGCUGGUUGUAAAAUGUACGAUUGGUUUGCUGGAAAGCAAAACUUGAGAAACUCCACCAUUUUCAGCAAAGAACAAGCUGCUGCUAUUGCUCCAAUGAUGGAUGUAUCAAACUUGAAGGCUGCUUGUGUUUACCACGAUGGUUCCUUUAACGACACGAGAAUGAAUGCUACCUUGGCCAUUACUGCUAUUGAACAUGGUGCUACUGUCUUGAAUUACUUUAAUGUCGACCAAUUGUUGAAGGACGACAAGGGUAAAUUGUAUGGUGUUAAAGCUACUGAUUUAGAAACCAACAAACAGUAUGAAUUGAAAGCUACCUCAAUUGUUAAUGCCACUGGUCCUUUUGCUGAUAACAUUUUGGAAAUGGAUGAAGACCCACAAGGAUUGCCACCAAAGACUCCACAAAAGCCAAGAAUGGUUGUUCCUUCAAGCGGUGUCCACAUUGUCUUGCCAGAAUACUAUUGUCCACAAAAUAUCGGUUUAUUAGAUCCUUCAACUUCAGAUGGAAGAGUUAUGUUCUUUUUGCCAUGGCAAGGAAAAGUGUUGGCCGGUACUACUGACACUCCAGUCAAAUAUGUUCCUGAAAACCCAAUUCCUACUGAAGAAGAUAUCCAAGAUAUCAUCAACGAAAUGCAAAAAUACUUGGUUUUCCCAAUUGACAGAUCCGACGUCUUGUCAGCUUGGUCAGGUAUCAGACCGUUGGUUAGAGACCCAAGAAAAGUUGAAAAGGGUAAAGAAGACUCGGGUUCAACUGAAGGCUUGGUGAGAUCACACUUGUUGUUGGAAUCACCAUCUGGCUUGGUCACCAUUUCCGGAGGUAAAUGGACCACCUAUAGAGAAAUGGCUCAAGAAACCAUUGACUACGUUGUCAAGCACUUUGAUUUCGCUGGAAAGAAUGUCAAGCCAUGUCAAACGAACGAAUUGAUCUUGGUUGGAGGUGACGAUUACUCUAAAAACUAUUCCGCCAGAUUGAUUCACGAGUACAAGAUUCCAUUGAAAUUGGCCAAACAUUUGUCGCACAACUAUGGAUCGCGUUCCGCUAUGAUCUUGGACUUGUAUGCCGCCAACGAUUUCAACAAGUUGCCAAUCACAUUAGCCGCCAAGAAGGAGUUUAUCCCCAAUGUCAAUGAAGCUUCACCAGAGAACCAAUUGAGUUAUCAAUCAUUUGAUGAACCCUUCACCAUUGCUGAAUUGUUGUACUCCUUGAAGUACGAAUACCCUAGAACACCAGCCGAUUUCCUUGCCAGAAGAACCAGAUUGGCAUUUUUGAAUGCUAGAGAGGCCUUGUCUGCUGUUGAUGGUGUGGUUGAAAUUAUGAGUAAAGAAUUGAAAUGGGAUGAUGCCACUAAGGAGAAAAUGAGAAAGGAUGCAGUCAAGUAUAUUGCCAAUAUGGGUAUCUCACCAAAGAAGUUUGAUGUUGAGCAGUUUACAGUUCAAUAG